AUGGAAACAAGUCCUACGGCAGAAUCAUCGCCGUCAACAGCGUCGGAUGGGCGGCCCCAACCCAGGAGGAAGAUGACCAAGUCCAAGACAGGAUGUCUAACUUGCAGGCGCCGCAGAGUCAAAUGUGACGAGACCAAGCCAGCUUGCCGACGUUGUGUAGCGCUUGGACGUGUUUGCGAAGGUGCUGCAUAUGCAUCCUUCAACAGCCGGCAAGGAUCCGGGCUCCAGCUCAUUCGCCCCAGCUAUGAAGGGUCCGAACUAUAUCAAUCCUCAACCCAGAUGGAGCGAAACAUGUUCUUCAAUUUUCGCACCACAACUAUCGCUAGCUUUGCCCAUAUCCUCGAUGCCUGGGCUGAAACUUUGGUGCCCUCGUCCCAGGUUGAGCCGUCUAUAUGGUACGCUGCACUGGCUGUAUCGUCAAUGUCGGUAUACACUGGCUUGAUCAACGAACAAGCAGUCUCAGGGCAGCCUCGCUUGGGUUUUGAGCACCAGUACUUGAAAGUUGCCUUGGUGAAUUAUAACAAGUCCAUCCUCAGGCUCAUCGAUAUUCUCAAACAGCCUGCUCUAGAUGACGCUGCAAAAUUAUCAGCGCUCUCCACGAGCAUCAUGCUUAUUGCCAUAAAUUUUAUCCAAGGCGAGCACGACGAAGGCUCAAGACAGGCUGCUAGUGCUUGCAACCUGUUUCAUCAAUGGGAUGUCGAGAGGCUGCUUGCACGAAAUGUAACAGUGGCGCAAUCGCAUGGUGUCAUUAAUGCCAUUGAAAUGUUUGACCGUAUGGUAGCCCAACACAACUUUGGGCCUACAAAGGCAUCUCUCCGACCAAACGCGCAGCUGAUAAGCACAAAGCAUUUUAUCAAUACGGACGAAAUUUGGAGAGAAUAUACGGCUCUCAUGAAGCUCAUCACUAGUAAUGCGCUCGACGGUUCCGCCAAAGCAAUCUACACUGCCGAUCCCUCACAAUGGGAAGAUAUGCCAGAAUAUCAUCACCGCCUAAAGUGUGAUAAGUGGUAUUCAAUAUGGGAAAAGAAACUAGAUCACUUUAACCAUCGAAGGACUCAGAAGCUUACAGAGGACUCACGAGUAAUGGCUCUUGAAGCUUGCCGUUAUUACCCUGAAUGUAUGCUCAACUAUCCAAUGAUCAAUAAAGCCCCUUGGAGGCUGCCAUCCCGUGGAGACAUAGCGGAUGUGGCCGCGUACGUUGCCUUCACAUCUGAAAAGCACUGUGAAAUGGAAAUGGAAGACACGAGAAAUAACGGUCACAUUUACCAGGCCAUUACGUUCUUUGAGGUCAUGUUUAUGUGCGCAUCAAUGUAUAGAAAUCGCGAGGCACUCCAGGAUCUUAUCGACUUUCUUGACCGAACACAGAAAAUACACUUGCCCGUGUUUCUGGCAUAUUCACGUCUCAGGGGUGCCAUGGAAACCAAAGAACAAGAGGGGCUGGAGCAAAACGCCAUCGAAGGCUGCUCCUGUGCGCCGGACCAAGACGCUUGCCACUUACAUCAGAUUACCCGCGUCCAUUUCGACUUUAUAAAUUCAUGCUCUUGCAAAGUAACUAUUGUCAACGAAUACGAACAUCACCAAGACCUUCCGGGAACACAAACAACCAUAUCGUGGGCUUAA